ACACCGUGUUUAUGUAACGCUGCUGGUCUCGUGUUGAUCCUGAAGGCGGGAAAAUGGCGUCUCGUGCUAAAUCAGGUCGUGGGGCGAAGCGUAAGGUGGCCGCGGAUGCUGAGGGAGAACCAGUGGCAAAGCAGGAGAAAGGAAAUAAGAACAAGCAGGAGGAUAAUGGUCAAGGUCAAAGAGUCAUCAUCGAACACUGUAAAAGCUGACGAGUGUACGGGCGUAACGCUAACGGGGUGCGUGAGGCUCUUCUGGCUGCACGUCCUGAGCUCCAAGUGCUUCUCAACCCCAAUCAACCUCGGAGAAACAGCUUCGAAAUCACGCUGGUGGAGGACGACAAAGAGGUGGUGUUGUGGAGCGGCAUCAGGAAAGGUCCUCCACGUAAACUCAAAUUCCCGGACCCUGCUGAGGUCGUGAGUGCACUGGAGGACGCCCUCAAGACCAAGUAGAGAUUGUAAGGUGACGGGUUUCUGGAUGCAUAAUGACGAGAGCGGAUCAAAAGGAUUCUCCGUCUGUUCUCUGAUGAUGUGUGAGCAUCCUGACCCGGAUCAUUACAGUCUCUGUAUCACUGAAUCGUCCCUAUUCUUAAAAUGCUUCGGUUAGAUUACGUGUAGAUUUCUGGAUCAGCUCUACGUGUAGCUGCCUCGACCUUCUUUGUGCUGUUUGUGAAUCAUAACGUUUCUGUAUUAAUAAAUACUCUCCGUUUAA